UAACAGAAAACUGCGUGUCCAUUACUUACCUAGGUAGGUACUUUUUGGCACGUAUUAAUAUCAACACAAAGACUACUGACGUGUUCAAAUCUCACUCUCCGAGUUUUUGGAUUUUUGGAUUUAGUAAAUCAUCUUUAUAAGCUAUCAGAGUACUAUUAAGUAUGUUGAUCAACGUUCUUGUUGAAGACGUAUGAACAAUACAUUGUAGUAAGAACUGCAAUGAAAGGCGCCUCUUGAUGCCUUGCCAUUUGAGCUAGUUCAGCUAUUCAUAACGCGCACAUGGCCUAUAUAACCGACCCUAUAAUUACGCAGACUGCCAUCGCACACGGCCACACAGCUGCCGAGUUACAAUCACAUGGCAGUAGGGCAGCUUCGGUUCAAGACAUAGGCUCCACAAUUCACGUCACUCAUCGCAUGAGCCUCAUCAUUCGCCGGCAACCUACCAUCACCAAUGGACACCACGCACCCCUCACCCAUUUAGGCCACCAUUCAAAUCCCUCGCAUGAUCAUGCGUACAAUUUGAUUUGUAGCCUUGUUAUGUGGAGCUUCUGUGGCCAAGCUGCAAGCUGCAACGUGAGAAACGAUUUCGUUGGCCUAGGGAUCGUGAUACAUAUGUACGCAGUGGUGAUGCGUAGAGGCAUUAAAGGCAUUCGCCUUUGCCCACAUGCAUUGUUACAUUCAUACAUGCAUCUUCUAACUUCAUCUGGGGGAUGUAGUCGAAAAUUCGCUCUCAUCCAAUACCGCAGCGGCGGGUUCUCGUUCCAGGAGUGA